AUGACGCUUCUAUCUAAACCAAGCUUCUCACUGGAAGAUGUACGAAACACCAUCGAAACUUACAUCAAAGGACUUGCAGAUGAGCUUUAUACUUUGAACAAGCUGAUCCAUGACGAACCAGAAAUAGCCUUCCAAGAAAUCAAAGCCCAAACUCGGAUCUCCGAUUUCCUCGAGAAACAAGGCCACUCCGUCCAACGAGGCGCUUACGAUCUUCCUACAUCCUUUGAGUCUACAUAUGGCUCCAAAGGCAGACAUGUAAACUUCAACGCAGAAUACGAUGCUCUUCCUGGCCUCGGUCAUGCUUGUGGUCAUAACUUGAUCGCAACGGCGAGCAUUGCUGCGUAUCUAGCUUUAACACAUGCUUUAGCAAAGUAUGGUGUUGAUGGGAGAGCGCAGUUACUUGGUACGCCAGCUGAGGAAGAUGGUGGAGGAAAGAUUCUUCUUCUCAAUGCAAAGGCUUAUGAUAAGGCCGAUCUAUCUUUGAUGAUUCAUCCUUUUGUAGAAGACCAAUUUCGCCCAAGCGGUACAAUAGGAUCAGCCGGCCAAAGCAGCAUCGCAAUCGUUGACCUAAUCGCCGAAUUCCGCGGCAUAAGCGCCCACGCUUCUGGAAAUCCGUGGGACGGAAUAAACGCCCUCGAUGCAUUAGUAGCCUCAUACAAUAAUAUCUCAAUGCUACGACAGCAGAUAAAGCCAGAUGAGCGUAUCCACGGAUGCAUUCUUCAAGCACCAAAGAUCACCAAUGCGAUACCAGAAUAUACAAAGGUCAAGUUCUCGAUUCGAAGUCCCAAAAUGAACUCUUUGAAGAAGUUGAGUCAACGCGUGCGGCAUUGUCUCGAAGCUGGUGGUUUGGCGACAGGUUGUGAGGUUGAGAUAACUGAGGAUUUGGCGUAUGCUGAUCUUUGGGUCAAUGAUCCUCUCUGCUCCCUUUUCAAGAACCACAUGGAUUCACUCGGCGUUCUGCUGUCUCAAGGAAGUCAAACCGAGAAUAUCGGUGGUUCGACAGAUAUGGGGAAUGUUAGCCAGGUUAUCCCUGGUUUGCAUGCUAUUAUCGGGAUCAAAGCACCAAAGGGCACGUUCCCUCACAAUCAUGCUUUCGCUGAGGCUGCUGGUACUAAGGAGGCUCAUUUGAGGAUUCUUGAAGCUGCGAAGGGAAUGGCUUUGACGGCAUGGUCUGCUAUUGUUGAUGAUAAGGUAUUUGCUGAGAUUCAGGACCAUUUUGACAAGAUGAAGAAGACAAAUGAGCAUUUGAAUCUAUGA